UUCUUCUUUAGGCCAAACCAAUCGAAUAUCGAUUUCUGUUGUCAAGGACAGCUGGCUAACUGCUAACACUAUGGCGUUGCUGAAACACAGCACAUGUUUAGUUGGUCGUUUUUCUAUCAAUAAUCUAUGGCUGUGUUCCAAAAGUGCUCCGUAUCUUCACACCGGCGGCUUGUCAACUGCUGCUAGUUCCUCUCCAAGUCCAGCGGACAGGAAGAAGGAUCUGCUGUCUGAAGAUGGACCUGAUCUGCAAGACUUCAUCUCUGGAGAACUGUCCGAGAAAAGCAAGUGGGAAGAGUACAGAGGCAACCUGAAGCGACAGAAGGGAGAACGGCUGCGUCUCCCUCCAUGGUUGAAGACAGAGAUCCCGAUCGGAAAGAACUACAACAAACUCAAGAACACACUGAGAGAUCUCAACCUUCACACUGUGUGUGAGGAGGCCAGGUGCCCGAACAUUGGAGAAUGUUGGGGCGGAGGAGAGUAUGCCACAGCGACUGCCACCAUCAUGCUGAUGGGAGAUACGUGCACGCGGGGCUGCAGGUUCUGCUCUGUGAAAACAGCAAGACAGCCUCCACCACUGGACCCUGAUGAGCCUUUCAACACAGCCAAAGCCAUCGCUGCCUGGGGCCUGGACUAUGUGGUGCUGACGUCAGUGGACAGAGACGAUAUUUCAGAUGGAGGAGCAGAGCACUUUGCCAAAACUGUCUCCCACCUGAAGGAAAGGAACCCUCACAUCCUUGUGGAAUGUUUGACUCCUGAUUUCCGAGGAGACCUGGCAGCUGUGGGGAAAAUUGCUGUGUCAGGACUGGACGUGUACGCUCACAACGUGGAGACGGUGCGCGAACUGCAGAGACAUGUGCGAGACCCUCGGGCAAACUUCGACCAGUCGCUGAGCGUCCUGAGACACGCUAAAGCAGUCAAACCCUCCGUCCUGACGAAGACCUCCAUCAUGCUGGGGCUGGGAGAGACAGACCAACAAGUCCUCAACACUCUCACUGAGCUGCGAGAGGCUGGAGUGGACUGUCUGACUCUGGGGCAGUACAUGCAGCCCACCAAGAGACACCUCAAGGUGGAGGAGUAUGUGACUCCAGAGAAGUUCGCUCACUGGGAGAAAGUUGGAACUGAUAUGGGGUUUGUCUACACUGCCAGCGGGCCGCUGGUUCGAUCCUCCUACAAAGCAGGGGAGUUUUUUCUGAAGAACCUGCUGAGGCAAAGAAAAGAAGGUGCCAAUCAUGUGGAGUGAAAUUCGGCCUUUUAAGGUGGGACGAGUGAAUCGGUUUAAUUCGCCCUCUGCAAUAGGGCAGCUUUGACUCACACAGCUUCAGGUUGAUGUCUCGGAUGAACGUCUAACCAAACCCAGUCUUUGAGAGAUACUUUUAAACUCCUUUUAAACCCAAGAAGCAACUUAUUUCAUAGAUAUUUCUGUCUUAAGUUUUGUACAAAUGUAUAUUUGUUUGAAUAAUAAAAACACU